GGCCGACCGGCCGCGAUGUCCGGCGCGGAGGAGGCCGGCGGGGGCGGGCCGGCCGCGGGGCCUGCCGGCGCCGUGCCAGCUGGGGCCGGGGUCGGGGCUGGGGUCGGGGUCGGGGCCGGGCCAGGGGCGGCCGCGGGGCCGGCGGCGGCAGCGGCUCUGGGCGAGGCGGCGGGGCCCGGGCUCCCGGACGAGGCGGGCCUGGCAGGCGCCCGGCAGCUGCAGGAGGCGGCCGGCGACCCCGACGCGCCGCCCAAGAAGCGGCUGCGGGCGGCCGAGGCAGCCGAGGCGGCGGCGGCGGCGGCGGCGGCGGGCAGCGGGAAGCUGGAGGAGCGUCUCUACUCGGUGCUGUGCUGCACCGUCUGCCUGGACCUGCCUAAGGCCUCCGUGUACCAGUGUACUAACGGUCACUUGAUGUGCGCUGGCUGUUUUAUCCACCUACUAGCAGAUGCCCGGCUGAAGGAGGAGCAGGCCACGUGCCCUAACUGUCGUUGUGAGAUCAGUAAGAGCCUCUGCUGCCGCAACCUGGCUGUGGAGAAAGCCGUGAGCGAGCUGCCCUCCGAGUGUGGCUUCUGCCUGCGCCAGUUUCCCCGCUCCCUCCUGGAGAGGCACCAGAAAGAGGAGUGCCAGGACAGGGUGACCCAGUGCAAAUAUAAGCGCAUCGGCUGCCCGUGGCAUGGCCCCUUCCACGAGCUGACGGUGCAUGAGGCUGCGUGCGCCCACCCAACCAAGACGGGCAACGAGCUGAUGGAGAUCCUAGACGAGAUGGACCAGAGCCACCGCAAGGAGAUGCAGCUCUACAACAGCAUCUUCAGUCUGCUCAGCUUUGAGAAGAUCGGUUACACAGAGGUCCAGUUUCGGCCAUACCGCACAGAUGACUUCAUCACGCGCCUGUACUACGAGACGCCAAGGUUCACGGUGCUGAACCAGACGUGGGUCCUGAAGGCACGCGUGAACGACUCGGAGCGGAACCCCAACCUGUCAUGCAAGCGCACACUCUCCUUCCAGCUCCUCCUCAAGAGCAAGGUCACGGCGCCCCUGGAGUGCUCCUUCCUGCUGCUCAAGGGCCCGUACGAUGAUGUAAAGAUCAGCCCCGUCAUCUACCACUUUGUCUUCACCAACGAGAGCAACGAGACGGACUACGUGCCACUGCCCAUCGUCGACUCUGUGGAGUGCAACAAGCUGCUAGCCGCCAAGAACAUCAACCUGCGGCUCUUCCUGUUCCAGAUACAGAAGUAGGCGGCGCCGCGCUGCCCGCGCCUGCCCCGCAGCGGCCUCGCAGUGCCGUCUGACCGUUUUAGCAGAGGAGAAGGAACAGAUGCAAACAUUGGGAAGGUCUGCAUGCGUGUGCGAAGGUGUGAGUGCUCUCACCUCGCCCUCCGCCCCGCCUCCCCUGUCCCAGGCACCGGAGGCCGGGCCACCUGCAGAGGAGACGGUGGCUCAGGGACACAAUGGGGCUAAGCCCGUGGCCAUGCCCUGGCCCCCAUGGCGCAGUGAGGCGCACCGUCUGCUCUGGGCUGCGCCCGGCCCCUGGGCCGGGCUCAGGGAGCACGCUGACUUCAGACGGCAUAUUUGAUUGCAAUUAAAAAGGCACCCUUGUUUCCUA